GAUCAGGUAAAACAACACAAAUGACUCAAGUAAGUUUUAAAAAAAAACAACAAGAAAAGAAAUUUUUUUUUCUGAACUUAUAUUUUCAUUAUAUAAAAAGAAUUUUGUAUUAGACUAAUUUGAAAAAGAGUUAAAACCAGAUGUUUUUUUUUUCUAUAGAGUUUUGACAUAUUGUUUGGAUUUACUUCUAAGGACGAAGAAAGCAUUCAUUUUCAUUAAAACUUUUCAAAAUUAUGAGAUCAAAUUAUAAAGAAAUUUUCGAACAGUAAAUCUUUUUACUCACAUUUUUGUAUGAGUUAAAAUUAUCAUUGAAUGAAUCUUACUUAAGAUUGAAGCAGUAAUAGUGAGUUUCCAUAAAAUUACGUAAACAAUUAUUUCUAAAGAAUACAACAGAUUUUUUUUCAUUACUUUCGCUCUUAUAAGAUCAUGAAAACUAUGACUCCAUGACGCUUUCCAAUAGUCUAUAUUGUAAAUAAUUCUUGGACAUGUAUCAAACUUAAACUUAUUUUUGAUAUGAAACUUUUUCGAAUUGAAUUCAGUUUCAACUAGAACAAUUUAGAUUUGAUAUAUAUAUAUAUGUUUUCAUCACCUUGACUAAUCAAUAUAGAUAUUUGAUGCAAACGAAAGCUUGUGAAAUGAAAAUUCUUCUUAUUCAUUCAAACUCGAAUACUGAUCAGAGGAUUCAAUUUAUUUUUCGACUAAUUCUUAUAGCAUUCGAGUAAAAUAAGCAAUUCAUCUAAUUCCAUUUUUGACUUUGACAUGUAUCUAAAGUUUAGUAUAACUUUGCAAUUAUUUAUUUUAAUUGAUAAAGUAUCUUUUCAAAAACUAGUCCUAAAUAGACUUAAACUUGCUUGUAAAUAUUCUAUUUGUCUUGUGAUUAUGGAUAGAUACUCUAUUUUAUGAAAUUUUUUGAAAUGUAGAAUAUACAAUAUAGCGUUUUCUAUGUUUGUAUAGUAUCUUCAUGAAUCUGGUUAUACAAAACGUGGUAUGAUUGGAUGUACACAACCAUAUCCUGUUGUAGCUAUGUCUGUUGCUAAACGUGUAUCUGAAGAAAUGCAAUGUAAACUCGGCGAUGAAGUUGGAUAUGCUAUUCGAUUUGAAGAUUGUACAUCAGAUAAAACACUUAUUAAAUAUAUGACAGAUGGUAUUUUAUUACGUGAAAGUUUGACAGAUCCUGAUCUUGAUCAUUAUUCAGCUGUUAUCAUGGACGAAGCGCAUGAACGUAGUUUAAAUACAGAUGUUCUUUUUGGUCUUUUACGUGAAGUUGUUUCACGUCGUCAAGAUUUAAAAUUAAUUGUCAUAUCAACAGCAAUGGAUUCAAAGAGAUUUAGUGAUUUUUUUGGCAAUGUACCCAUUUUUAUUAUACCAGGAGGAACAUUUCCAGUUGAAGUAUUCUUUAAUAAAGCUUGUGUUGAAGAUUAUGUUGAUGCUGCUGUUAAACAAUCUAUUCAAAUACAUUUGAAUGCUGAUGAUGGUGAUAUUCUGGUUUUUAUGCCUGAUCAAGAAGAUAUUGAAGUAACAUGUGAAUUAAUCAAAGAAGGUUUAAAUGAUCUUGAAGGUGUUAAUCCAUUAAGUAUUUUACCAAUCUAUUCUCAAUUAUCAAGUGAUUUACUAGCAAAAAUUUUUCAAAAAGUUGAUGAUGGUAUUCGAAAAUGUGUUGUUGCCACAAAUAUUGCUGAAACAUCACUAACAGUCGAUGGUAUUAUGUAUGUUGUGGAUUCGGGUUAUUGUAAAUUAAAAGUAUAUAAUCCACGUAUUGGUAUGGAUACUUUACAAAUCUAUCCAGUUAGUCAAGCAAAUGCGAAUCAACGAAUGGGUCAAGCUGGUCGAAUAGGGCCAGGUCAAUGUUUUCGUCUAUAUACUGAACAGAAUUUUCGUGAAGAAAUGCUCGAAAGAAAUGUAUCUGAAAUUCAACGAACUAAUUUAGUUAAUGUUGUUUUAUUACUUAAAUCACUUGGUAUACAAGAUCUUCUUCAAUUUCAUUUUAUGGAUGCACCACCACAAGAUAAUUUAAUGAAUUCAAUGUAUCAAUUAUGGAUAUUAGGUGCACUUGAUAAUACAGGUUCAUUAACACAAUUAGGUCGUCAAAUGGUUGAAUUUCCACUUGAUCCAGCAUUAUCAAAAAUGUUGAUAACUUCUGUUGGAAUGGGUUGUAGUAGUGAAAUUCUUAUAAUUGUAUCAAUGCUUUCUGUUCCAUUGAUAUUUUUUCGACCAAAAGGAAAAGAACAAGAAUCUGAUGCUAAAUUAGAUAAAUUUCAAAUUGCUGACAGUGAUCAUUUAACAUUUCUUCAUAUUUAUAUUCAAUGGAUAAAAAGUAAAUAUUCAAAUAGUUGGUGUGCUGAUCAUUUUAUUAAUGCCAAAGCUAUGGGAAAAGUUCGAGAAGUUCGACAACAAUUAAAACAUAUAAUGAGUUCACAAAAAUUAGAUAUUAAAUCAUGUACCAAUUGGGAUAUUGUACGAAAAUGUAUAUGUGCUGCUUAUUUUCAUCAAGCAGCUCAGCUUAAAAGUAUUGGAGAAUAUAUUAAUUUACGUACGACUAUGCCAUGUUAUUUACAUCCGACUAGUGCAUUAUUUCGUUGUGAAUUUACAUUUGAUUAUAUUGUUUAUCAUGAACUUAUUAUGACAACAAAAGAAUACAUGCAAUGUGUAACAUGUGUUGAUGGUCAUUGGCUUGCUGAAUUUGGUCCAAUGUUUUUUAGUCUUAAGGAUUCACUUAAAACUCGUAGUGAACAUGCACGAAAAGAAACACCAUUGAAUCGUAUACAAACAACAUCGACAUCAAGAAGAAGUACAUCAUUUCAUAGUGAAAUUUAA